CUUUCUUCACGGGCUGAGCUGAGGACAAAGAACAAACCAAACGCCUUUUGACGGGCCGUCAACGGGAGGAUAGGGGAGAGCUUUGACAAGUUGUGAUUUCCACCUCAUGCUCUAGGCUCUUCAGGACUUCAUCCUCUGUUCUUCCUAAGUCAAGAGCCGCGAGGCAAGCUUUCGCCAGCCUCCUCAAGGUUCAAUCAAGGACAGUGAAUCACUCAAUGACCAUCAACGUUACCUUUCAGGGGGCCUCAACCCUCAAGCAUCUGCAGGUUGCUCCCCAAAGCUUUUCGGUCGCAUGGCACCCUUGACACGUUCAUCCACUUUCACGCGACCGGUUCCAAUUAGCAUCCCCUGUCUAAGCUAAACCCACUUUCCGGGCCUCCCCUGUUGGGUGCAUCCUCUUUGGAUUCUCGCCGGGUCGGCGAAUGAGAGCAUACUCUUCAGCUCAAGAUGCCACUGUCGUCUGUCUCCAGUGGAGAGAGUCAGGCGUCUUACGCGCUACAUGCUCCACUAACUCUCUAAAGUUAGGUACCUGCGGGCUACUGCCCCCCGGUGUGCUCCCCUAGACAACUCCCUAGGGGCCCAUGUAUGUUCAGCACCUCAACCUUGAGUCUUAUCUUCCACCCAAUCCUCCCCCCCCUCGUUCUUCUCCCUCUUCCUUGUACCUGUCGCAAUCGUAAUCCUUCUUCUACCCCCAGUCUCCCGCUCUCAUUCACAUCCACUCAUUCAUUUUUGACUCCGAUCUCUUUCGUGGACAAGGAAACAUAACUCCAGGCGAUUUGCUUCCUCUUGCUCUAGCUAUUAAUGUCCCCUACUCUCUUUUAAUACUGUCCAACCAACCUCGAUAUCACCGAAACAACCGAGCAUCUUACAUACUUGACCUGCUGGUAACCACAUAGUACAACACCAAUACCCAGUCAAGACGAACAAUUGCCUCCCCCUUUAUGAGUAGGGUCACUUCAAGGACAACGCAAGACACACAAUCCCCCGAGACGAAACAUUUCCACUCGGUACAAAUCGAAAGCGUACGGCAUUGACUGCGGUACGAAUACCUGGAAACUUAAUCUCCACAUACUCGACUCCUCCAUUACGAAGCCAGCCUCCCUCGCCGCGCUCAAAUCUCACCGAGAGAUCCGAACUGAUCGCCCUUACAUAUACACGGGCUCACUCUCACCUCUUUUGGACUCAUUACCUAAAAGUUCACACAUCCACCGCGAAAAUGGGCAAAUCUCUCAUGGACAAGAUCCAGGCCAAGCUGGAGCUCUUCCGUCUCGAGCAACGCUACACCCGCCGCCGUCACCGACGGUCCACCUUCGUCUCCAACGCUGUCUACGUUGACGGAGAGUACGUCUACCAGACUCCCAACAGCACUGGCUCCUCCUCCGGCUCCUCAAACAUCGAUGCCCUUCACGGGGACAAGGCCGGCGUUGGCUCUAUGCCCGCCCCCUCGAGCGUAGUCAUUGAUGAGCACCACUUCCCUUCUGAGGUUCAGCACCAGCAACAACCACCUAUGGCCACUGCUGAGCGCAAGCGCCUGAACCGCUUCAGCUCCAUUCCUCACUUUGGAGGCUCAAGCAACAAGCAGAUGCCCAGCAUUCAAGAGCGACGGAGCAGCAUGAUCCGAUGAGUUAAUUCUCGGACAGUCAAACCAACACAAAAAAGACAAAACAAUAAAAAAAUCAUGCGAUGUUCCAUUUUAUGAUUGACGGCAUUGGCGCCAAGCGAUGGUUACAGCUUAGGCGCAGGCGUAGCAGGCGCAUAGCUACAGCGUGUAAGCAACGGACACGAUGAGAUGAGAUGGGGUCGGAUCGGCUUGGAUUGGAUUAUAUGAGAUGAGACGGGAGACCAACUAAUGAAUGAAUCGGACUUGACGGAUACCCCCAAUUCAUUCAAGGUUUUUCAUACGACGAAACUCGCCCAAUUUUGUUGGUACAUGUUACAACAUCGGAUCACAUCACUCACUACCUCACCUGUUAUUUUGGUUGGGUCGUGUACCCAGCCAUGGGACCUUGUUUAACGACUUGUUACUUUGGUUACUUUUCCGUCCCACCUGCUUUCUCUCUCCCCUUCAACUCUGAACCCUUUGGAGAGGCUUCAUUUUGGAUAUCUGGGGAGAUCACGGACUGCAGAGCUUUGCAAAGCUGGACGUGGCAUCGGUCAUCACCGACGUUUUUACCUAAUUUUCCUUCUCUGGCGUUGAUUUAUACUUUUUGCUGUUGUUGUUGCUUCUGCAUCUUACUACUCAGCUUCCCACGGGAACAGCUUGGGGUUGUUGCAUCAUCAUUUCUAGAGCUGACGGGCAACUGUCAGGCGCUGCAAUCUGUACAUAACACAACAAAAUGUAUUGCAGGCGAGUUUUAUGGGAGGAUAUGGGCUUAUGGACUCUAACCUGAGGUACCAACGAAUACAAACAGAUAUUAUGUUCAAACGCUUAACUUGCUACUGUCUAUGACGAAUGAGGGUGAAACAAGUCUUGAUCGAUACGAGGUGUGGCAUCGAAUUUUAAUUUCCGUGGAUCGGUGAGCUAUGUCAGUGUCUCAGGUUUUCAGAUUCCUAAAACAAGGUCUGUUUUAGCUGACCCUCGCAAUGUCAUCAUAACUGUCAGAUGCACAACACGAUUGCGAAUAAGAAGAGAUCUUUAAUGAUAGGUAUAGAUAUAUAUCAAUGCUGGGUGCAUUUGGUCACAUGCAUUCUUACACGAAACUCAAGGCUUCGGCAGCCGGUUUCUAGCGUCUACAUCUCUAAAAUCAUUGGAUCGUGUAAGUUUGGGUCGGCAGAGACGUUGGAUAAUGCAAACGCCAGUGGCUAUGCACAAACCUAAAGUGACGGAAGUGGUUUCAUAUGGUGCGAUCAUCCCUAAAUUACUUGAUCAACGCAUAAGAUACGAUUACGGUGUAAGUGGCUGUGUUGUCUUGUCUUGUCUUGUGCAUGAAUGUCUGAGCGC